AUGUCCCUUACCCUCGUCGUCGGUCUUGCCGAACACCGCCUCGCCCGCCUCAUCAUCGCACUCCUUGCCGGCAGCCACCACCUCCGCCACCCCGCUGCCAGUACUGCCAACGGGACUCGAGCAACGCCUCCUGCUCCGCCAUGUCCGCGUCCGGUCUCGCUGAUGGUCAUGGUGCAAUGCAACGGCGAGGGAUGCUCAGAGGAGAACGGUGAUGGCAUGGAGGAUGGUGGCACCGGUUCAUCGUCAACAGCGUCCUCCAUUGGGACGUCGUCGUCCUCCGGCUGCCUGUCGGUCAGCCAGCCGAAGAGCUUUGGCGUGGGAGAGAUUCGUGGUGGGAUUGGUGCGGAAAGGGAUCAGAGGCAGAUCGGUACAGACGGGCAUGGGCGCGAGGCCGGGUCUCAUCAUCGUGCAGGCCAUUUCUGCGCUUUCGACUACGCGGCGCAUGUGGUGGGGGCAGGCGGAAGGGUACAGCUCAUGAGCACUCAGACGCGUAACUCCACUCUGGGAAUUCGCUCGAGGAAAGCUCCAGGCAACGAGAGGUGCAGAAACAAACUCCGCCACGGUUACUCUGCAGAACCAAAGCAGCAGCAUACCAAAGACCCAGAGAAUCAAGAGGAGAUGCUUGCUCUUCACACCGUUCGGACAUCCCUUCCCUCGCCGCGCAGAUCCUCCCCGCGCCGACAUGCACUGCAUCUAAGCAAGAGGAGAUUUUCCAUCUGUGCUUGCAGUUCCGAAGAUGCCGGAUCCGACGGUCCCCUGCCGCACGGCGGUGACCAGCGCCAGCAGGAGGUGCUUGCGAAAAUCGCCAUGCUUCAGACGCAGAAGGUCCGCAUCACAAACUUCCUGGAUGAGCGGUCUGCUUACCUGACCAAGUUCACCAAGGACGCCGACACCGAGUUCGACAUGAUUGGGCAGAACGCCAUGAAAGAGCUCGAUCAAAUUGGGGACCAGAUAAUGGAGCGACUCGACAGCAAGAUGCAGUCCUACGAGGAGACAGCUGAAAUGCAAAGGCAGGAGAUAGAAAUGAACGAGAGGGUGUUAGAAGAUUUCGAAGACUGGAUCGAAGAGGAGAAAAACGAAGGCAUGUUCUUCAAAAGCCUUGGCAAGGUCAAAAAACCUCAAAACAAUGAGGAAAUCAAGGUGAAGGCCAAGAUUGAAGCACAGAAGGUCAGAGAGAUUGCAGAGGAGAGUGCGGGGUCAAAAGCUCGGAUGAAUAUUUACCUUGCACUGACGGCGAUACUCGGUCUUACAAUCGCAAAUGCCGUCUUUGCAACGCCAGAGGUGGAAUGGAGGAAGGUUGCUGCUCUGGGUCUAAUUUUCAUUGGCCUGGUUGCUCAGGUAAUCUAUGAGCAAGAUAUAUCCCCACCGGUAGCUGACAAGGAUGAAAAAAGAGAAGAAUGA